AUGGUUGUGAUGGAGGAAAUCGUGGGACGCGCUGACGGACGCCCGCGAGAAGAAAACUCUGACAAGAGGCAGCAGCCCACCACAUGUGGAGCAAUAUUGACACAGUUGAGCAAUGUUCUUUGCAAUGGGAGCGAAGAUCCUGCCAUCAACGGCAAAGGGAAGGAGGUAGUGGAGGAGGCAGCCAGGUUGGUGAGGGAGUUGAAGGUCAAACUGGGGGAGGUGAUGCUGGCCAAGGUGGAAGACGCGACCGUGGCGACACGCGCACAACGCCAACCCGAAGGAGUGAAAGAAGCCAAACUGUCAUCAUGGGCCAAGGUCGCAGGACAGGGAAUUCCAGAAAAACCAGUGCCUAACCGAACCCUCCGCGAGAUUACUGUCCUACGCCGGGACUGCGAAGCCCUCCCAGCUGAGGAGGCCACCCCCCCAGCGAUUGUGGCAGCCGUCAACGCCAGAAUUAUGGAUGUGACAAAGGGAAAGGUGCUUGCAGCAAGAUGUCUCCCCAGUGGAGACAUCAUCCUGACAACCGACGCGAGGGAGACCAGGGAGGCCUUGACUAAGAGCAGCACAUGGCUGGAAGUCUUGGGACAAAAGGCGAAGGCAAAGCACACCCUGUACCCAGUCAUGGUUAAGGGAGUCCCAAUGGGCAACACCAACUGGAAGGAGGAACAGCAAGCCAUCAAGGCAAUUUACGCACAGAAUGAAGGACUCCGAAGAGGGGUACAAAUUGAGAGACUGUCUCUACGACGGAAUGCCAGCUUGCAGGCAAAGGUUGGGUCUCUUGUACUCAGCGUCACCUCGCCUCAGCAAGCCAACCUACUAGUAGACAAUGGAUUGAUAAUAGACAGCAUAUUUUGUGACGUUGAAAUCUUCCACCGGGGAAGCGCAGGUCACCCGGUGCUUUAA